AAAUGCACAUAGAACCUCCAGCUCAGGGUACAGGCCGGGCUGUUCACUGCGGACCCGUGUAGCGAAAGAUGGCUACUUCAUCCGUGUCAAAGGGCUGCUUUGUUUUCAAGCCCAGCGCUAAGAAAAAGAAGAAGACUCUCAGUCUGGAGAGUUACUUCGUUCAGGGCUGCGAGGAUGCUGAGAGCAGUGAAACACGAUUCAGGUUAUGUCAGGACCUGUGGGACAAAAUCAAAACAGACACAGAGGUUUUACAAGAUGAACUCAACAGGAAAAUCUUGGACAGUUUGCUGGACUUUACGAGGAAAUGCUCCUCCACGCGUCAAAACAGCGACUGGGCAUCACAGAUGAGGGCCAGUGAAAUCCCCACAGCAGCUCUAAUGCUCGGUGUGAACGUCCCAGAUCACGACAUGACCUUUCACAGUCUGUCUGACAUGCUAAAGCAGUCUGUCAGCCCUCACGUGGCCUCUGUGCAGGCCAAAGAGUGUGGAGCACUGAAGCAUUUGAUGAAGAAGGUGCUCGAGCGGUUGAUGGAUACAGUUGUGGUUGUGGAUGAUGAAGAUGAGGAGGAGAAUGUGGAGACGAGCCCUCAGGUCCACAGGAGCGUACACUGCUCUCUCGGGAUACUUUGUGAUUGGUACACUGCAAGAACAAAGAAAUCUGCCACUGGUACUCCAGGGAAAAAACGUAGCUCUCAAGUCAGAGAUGAGCAGCAGCAGCCUCCUGUUGUAAUCAUUUUCAAAGAUUUGGAGGCUUUUAACCCAAGAGUUCUUCAGGACUUCAUCCUCAUCUGCAGUCAGUACAUUGACCGCCUUCCACUGACAUUCAUCUUUGGGAUCGCUACAUCACCCAGUACCAUCCAGCACAUGCUUCCCCACUCUGUGUCCUCCCUGCUCUGCAUCGAGCUCUUCCAGUCACUGUCAUGCACACAACACCUGGCUACAGUCAUUGACAAGUUGAUCCUGACAUUACACUUUCCUUUUAAACUCAACGGGAAAGUGAUGCAGGUCCUCAUCGGUGUCUUCCUCUACCAUGAUUUCUCAGUUAGAAACUUCACUAAGGGACUGCAGCUGGCUCUGCUCGAGCACUUUCACUCUCAGCCUCUCAGUGUUCUGUGUUGCAAGAAAAACCAGGCUUUGUUCAACGUCACACAGCUCAGCAAACCCAACUUGGACAGGAUAAGACAGCUGCCGUCGUUCAAAAGGUAUGUAGAGAAGCAGGAAGCACAGGAACAGGUCAAUCUGAUGACCGAUGACUCUCACUUAAAGGAGGUGUGUCAACAACUGAUAAAGGAUCUUCGCAAAUACCACAAGAACUAUUAUCCCAUCCUGAGGUGUCUCCACACUCUGACCUCAUCGUUACCUCGAUAUCCUCUCGGAAAACAGAUCAGGGAGCUCCAUUUAAUAUGUCUGGCGAAGAAUGUAUGGGAGAAUGAGGACUACCAGUCAGCCAUGAAGCUUGUAAAGAUGCUGGCAAAAGGCGAGUUGGUUUCUUUGCUACAGAAGUGUGUGGAGAUACUGCAGCUCAGCAAGUCAAAGAAGAUGAAGAACGCUCUUGUCCAGUUGGAGGAACUACUUGCCAAAUUCAAGCAGCUGGACACUGCUACUGAAAUGACUCCAACUGUGGAAGCCUCUAUCGCCUCUCCAAUAAAAAAUCUUCAGAAGAAAACAGAUCUGUUCCAGCUGCAGAAGACGCUGCUGGAGAUGAACGAGUCUCGGAGAGCCAAGCGACUUAGUCCAUUUGAAAACCUCAGGAACGAAGCUCUCGAGUUUAUCGACAAUUUAGUAAAGAGCCAUCUGUCCCCCCCAGAGUCCCAGCCUCUUUAUGAGGUCUGCUACUACAGUUCAUCUGCCACAGUGAGACGCCACCUCAAUGCGACACCUCGUACCUCCAUUCAGGCUGCGCUCAGCAAUCCUUACCACUAUCUUCAGAACGACAGCCUGAAGAGCGAGGAUGGGACGGUGUCCAACGCUGCUCCCGACAUCUGUAUCGCUUACAAGCUCCACCUGGAGUGCGGAAGGCUGAUCAACCUCUACGACUGGCUGGAAGCGUACUCCACCGUGGUUUCGGCUGCUGAGGGUAACGAUCCGGAUUCUGAACAUUUUGGGAAAGUGGAUGAAGUCAAACACGCUCGUUUCAUCCGCGCUGUAUCAGAGCUCGAAUUUCUGGGCUUCAUCAAGUCUACCAAGCAGAAGACCGACCAUGUGGCUCGACUCACCUGGGGAGGCUGCUAACCACAAUUGUGACAAUGAGAAAAAAAUUUUAACAUCUGUGGAAAUUAAUUUCAGAUUUGUAUUUUUCACUCUAAUAAAAGAUGUGCAAAUUACACCUGCUUCUUUAAAUAGGCCGAUGUCAGGUGCUGUAGGUCCUUUCUGCAAUGACUGGUACACCUGGGCCAAUAUGUUGUUACACUGAAGCACAACUCAAACUAAUUAAGACAUUGUAAUAUACUGAGGUUUCUCACACAUUACUUGAAAUUUAACCACCAUGUCAGACAUGAUACAACAGCUUGUUGCUAGGGGAAAAAUAUGCAUUCUCACAUUAAUUGGCAGUGGUUCAUGGAGGCUGCUGACUCUCGCUGAGAGAAAUGUCUUGUAAAGAAGUUGUACCAAAAACCUCCAAGGGAUUUUUUUUUCUUUUCAAACAGUUACAGUUGCCUGUGGGGGUUUUGUUUGUCUGCAAACACUUGCUAACGAGCAGUGGUAAAACUGGAAAUGAUGGAAGCUUUUUUCCUGCCACUGGAGAGAAAAAAACACCCCGGGGUGAUGGAGCCGAUUAUAGCUGCCACAGGAUAAGAGGUGAGGUACAAACUGGACAGAUGGCAUUCACACCUCCAGUUAAUUUAGAAUCAUCAAUUAACAAAACCCCUCUAACUGCGUUCCUCUGGACUUUGGGAGGGACUUGGAGAACCCACACAGACGCAUAUAGAAGCUGCAAACUCCACACAGAAGAAUGUGGAUUCAAACCCAGGACCUUCUUACUGUGAGGCAACAGUGCUAACCACUGUACUACGUGACAUUUGGAGCUGUUUAUCUCUCAUAAUGGGUGUGUGCGGACUGGUCUUUAAUCCUUUUUGACUGGGGCCUUUUUCACUUGAUCCUAUAUUGUCACAAGUUCAAAAUAGCCAACAAGUUGAUGUUGCAUGGUUAGUGGUCAUGUGCCUGCAGAAUCUCUAUGUAUAGUCGGGACUUCUGAUCAAGUUCGGGUUGUGAAAAGUAACCACAGAGUGUACAUAAAAGAUGGACACUGUGAUGUUACCAGUUCUGCUUUGAAGCCUAAAGACCCGUCAUAAUUUUGUUGUUUUGAAACCAAAAGUAACAAGCCAGGGGUGACUGACCGAGGAGCUCAUAUGGUAGUAACUUACGGUGGAGAAGGUAGGCCAGCCCUGAAAACCAUCAUCCUUUAUCUUCAUGUUUAACUCUGAUCUGGACCAUUUUCAUUCAAAUGAAAAUGAUGAUGUACUAAAUAAAGUCUUGAAAGCA